AUGGAGGGCUCCGGCUUCGGUGGCGACCUGGAGAGCCUGCGGGGUCCUCGGGGGCCACCCGGUCCCCCGGGGCCACCUGGCGUGCCCGGUUUGCCAGGGGAGCCAGGACGGUUUGGGAUGAACCGCACCGACCUGCCAGGACCGCCGGGGCUGCCGGGCAGGGAUGGGAUCCCUGGGCCCCCGGGGCCGGUGGGUCCUCAGGGUCCUCCUGGAAGAGAUGGGGCAGCUGGGCAGCCAGGGCCCAAAGGAGAGCAGGGUGAUGUGGGUGAUCUCGGCCUCCCUGGUGCACCGGGACCCAAGGGCAGCAAGGGAGAGACAGGACCAGCAGGAGCCCCAGGAGAAAUGGGAUUAGCUGGCCUUCCUGGGCCCAUCGGACCCCGAGGGCAGCCAGGACCCCCUGGUCCCCCGGGACCCCCAGGACCAGGCUAUGAGGCUGGAUUUGGGGAGGUUGGCAGCCCUGGACAGCCCGGCUUGCCAGGACCAAAGGGAGAUGCCGGCAUGCCCGGUGUGGACGGCCGCCCUGGCCUCGAGGGCUUCCCUGGACCACAGGGACCCAAAGGUGACAGAGGCAGUCCCGGCGAGAAGGGCGAGCGAGGCCAAGAUGGUGUGGGGCUGCCCGGCCCCCCGGGUCCACCUGGUCCCCCUGGGCAGAAGCUUUUGGCAGCUUUGCCUGGUCCGGAGGGCAGACCAGGUCAUGCCGGCUUCCCGGGCCCGGUGGGACCGAAAGGAGACCGGGGGUCAUCUGGUCCCCAGGGCUCUCCGGGGUUGAAGGGGGAGAAGGGGGAGCCCGGUGUCAUCAUCAGCCCUGAUGGGACUGUGGUCACUGCCAGGGUGAAAGGAGAAAAGGGACGUCCUGGCAUGAACGGGAUGAAGGGCGAGAAGGGUGACCCUGCGGACAUCAGUAGCGUGCUGGGCUUGCGGGGUCCCCCAGGACCCCCAGGUCCCCCAGGACCCCCUGGGCCGCCUGGCAGCAUAGUCUACGACAGCAGCAAUGCCUUCAGCGACUCUGGCCAUCCCGCACUGCCAGCCUUCCCCG